AUGCGCACCAAGCCCCUGGCCACUGUGUCAGAUGGUGUGGCUCCUGAGCUCCAGGCCCCCAUUGCCUGCCUGGGUGUUGGGCUGCUGUGUGAGGCAGGCGUCCUGGGAGCAGGUUGGUGGUACCUGGCUGCUUCCCUUGCCAGCCCCUGGCUGCCCCUGGUCGUGACGGCCAGCCCAGCCGUGCUGCAGACAGUCAGCCACUUCCAGAGGCAGCUGGGGAAAAUAACCAAGGAAAAAUAUGAGACGGACUUGUUUGAAGAUGAAGGGAUGCCUUUUGAGGAAGAAGACCAAGAUCAGGACGCCAUAGGUGGAAAGAUUAUUAACCGGACGUUUCUUUCUCUUUCCCAAAUUAUUGCUUUGUCAGGACAAAAUGUAGAAGGAGUUCAAAAAAAGCUGGAAGAAUUUCUGAAUUUCAAACAGUUAAAGACGUCUUUGAAAGAAGCUGUUUUGCUAGAUUAUUAUACUGCGGGAUUCUGUUGGGCUAAAGAAAUGAACUUCAGUCUUAUACAGCUCUCAGGGUUCAUGGAUCUAUUAAAUUUCCUGUUGGAGAACCUCAGUGACAAACAUAUGACCUUAGGAGAUAAUUUAAAAGAACUUGGAAAAGCAAUGGCUGGAAUAGGAGAAACUGAUUCAGAAAGAAGUGGUGAUUUGAAUUUCUUCAGCAUUGAGCAAGCCAAAGCAGUGAUUGAUUACUUGAAUAUCAGCUUAUUUAAACACUAUAAACUGUAUGAAUACCUCUUCCACAGUCCUAGAGAAGAAUUUGUGAUAAGUAAUGAGUAUGUGAUUGAACUUGCCCAACCUGCAGUUCCCCCCUUCCCUGCUCCGCUGGAAGAAGGCAUGCCUUUGGAUAUCUAUUCAUCAUUCAUAAUAUCACCAACAGCUUCAGAGACAGAAUCUAAGGGGUCUGAUCAAGAGGGUUACCCUGAAGAGCCUGGUCCAGAGGUAGAGUCCUUCGAGGCAGAUGCUGUGGCUGGUGUCACUGCUGAAGAUGAGAAUUCCGCAGUGGAUGAAAUCCCAAAUGAAAUUAUUGGCAACCUUGAGGUACUAUUACUAGAAAGCUAUUCACUAAUUCUGUCUAUGGCGGAGAUAAACGAAAAGCUGCAAAUGCAAGAAGAAGCUUAUACUUUGAGAACAGAAAAAUUAGAAAGUCCUAAAUAG